AUGACCCAGGACGACAUGACCAGGAUGUUCAUGCCCGGUCCCCGUAAGAGCGCCCAGCGCUCCAACUCACAAUCUUCUCUCACAUCCGCCUCGUCCUCCUCUUCUUCCACAAUCUCUCAGGCCUCUACCCCAUCCCAGCCCUCGCCAUCCAACCAGGACCCCACCACAUGGACUACGCGCAAGAAGAGCUCAAGAGGCAUCUGGCCAUCAGGAAAAGCAGAGCCCACCGCCGGCAUCUCCACCACUCGUCCUCAACCCGUCUCCUCGACUUCGUCUGGUCCGUCCGCCGCAUCCGCAAUCUCAGCUCUCCACGGUCCAAUGUUGCCUUCACAGCAAAUGUCCACCGCUCAGAACGGCUCGUUGCGAGGAGCUCAGCCCGCAUCAGACACACCCGCCAUCCUUCACCUCUCCCCUAUGAACGGCACCUUCGAACGCAAGACCAUCAGCGUUCCCUUCUUUCCUGAUGUCCUGCGCAUCGGUCGUCAAACAAACGCCAAAACUGCCCCCACACCUGCCAACGGCUUCUUCGACUCAAAGGUCCUCUCGCGUCAGCAUGCCGAGAUAUACGCUGAGCGCAAUGGAAGAAUCUACAUCCGGGACGUCAAGUCUUCCAAUGGAACUUUUGUCAAUGGUCAGAGGUUAUCUCCCGAAAACAAGGAAUCAGAGCCACACGAACUGCGUGAACAAGACGUUCUCGAACUUGGUAUCGAUAUCGUCAGCGAGGAUCAAAAGACAAUCGUCCACCACAAGGUCGCUGCUCGUGUCGAACAUGCUGGAAUUUACAACCAGAGCGCUGAACUUAACUUCGGCGAGAUGGACCCUUCUCAUCAGAUGAAGCGCAGCGGUAGCCAGUCUUCGCAACAAAGUGCAAAGGCCAACGCCAUGGCCGCUGUCAUGGCCGCCAGAGAUUCGGGUGCCAUGCAACAACCUCAGUGGGCUCGUGGCUGGCCAUCUACCGUGAGCACAGAGACGAUUGUGAAACGUCUUAACCGCGAGCUGAGCCUUGCUAAGAAGCAAUCCUCGGACCUGGCUCGAAGCAAGUCUUGCCUUGAAGGCUUGUUGGCUGCCGAUACCAAGAGCAAGCAAGACAAGUCAGCUAGAUCCUCACCUGUCAAGCAAGCGAACGUCGAUACCAAGCCAUCAGUCAUCUUCUCAGAACCUCCUGCUCCACCACCUCAAGCUCCGCUUCCCGAAAAGCCAGAUGUCGCAAAGGCUCUUGCCGACCCCGUUAUUCAACCCCUUCUCAUGCGUUCAGAGACUGCUCGUCCCAUCCUGGCCCCUAAUGGCUCUCCUACUCGAGCCGAUCACUCACAAGCUCUUCUCAUCCUCACACACGAACUGAAACUUGCCAAGGAUCAAAUUCCCAACCUCGAAGACCGUGUCAAGAACUUAGAACAGGAACUCAAACAAGAACGCAAUGCUCGUGAAAGUGCCGAGGAAAGAGCUUCUCUGCUGGAGUCAUCUCAGAAGUCCUCUGAAGAUCAAGUAGACACUUCUGGCUCUGAGAAACGAGACGAUUCUGGCAAGAGUGAUGAGUCUUCGGAGGAUAGCACUCCCGAAUUGCAGUCACAGCUCGACAGACUUCGUGCUGCAAUGGAAGACAUGAAGAUGCAAAUGGAAGCCUAUCGUCGUCGUGCCGAAACAGCAGAAUCCCAGCGUGACGAUGCGCACCAGACACUUGCUGAAAUGGUUGAGCAAAAACGCAAGGAGAACGCAGAGAUUCAGCGUCAGCAAGAUGCUUUGCCAUCUCCUCCUAGUUCGUUCUCGAGCCCAUCGAGCACCACGACGUCUUCAAACGGACACCUUUCGGAACCUCUGGUCGAAGGAAGCUUGUACAGUUUGUUGGCUGAAGCCGGCAUCAACGCAAACGCGGCUUUGUCAUCGGAGCAAGCAGCAUCAAUCCAACGACUGCUCGCCCGCAAGAUGCCCGUUGCCCAGCGAGAUGCUGCCAAUGAUUCUUCUGACAAAUUGAAAGAGCAACUUGCCCACCAUGGCUUACCGCUCGGGUCUGGUUUCAUUGUGGUCGUCGUUGGCAUGGCUCUCAUGCACUACUUAGAUGGUUGGGAGAAAUUGCACAGGUGA